AUGGGAGGCGUAUGGUCAAGCAGUACAAAGUCUUUGCCUCUGGACUUAACAGUCUUGGGCUUGAACAGCGGUACAUCCAUGGACGCAAUUGAUUGUGCUCUGUGUCGGUUCAGACAACAAUCACCCAGCAAACCUAUCGUCAUGGAGCUUCUUCACUACGGUGAAACGCCACUUGGCCCGAGUAUCAAAGCGCGAGUAAUGGAUCUGAUCCUCCACAAUCGCACAUCGCCCGAAGAAGUGGCUGAAAUAGGCGUCAUAUUGGGGGAAACGUUCGCAGCAGCUGCAAACGAAUUUCUAGCCGCCAACAAGAUAGACAAGUCCACCGUGGAUGUCAUUGGGUCGCAUGGCCAGACGAUAUGGCAUACACCCAGUCCUACCGCCUCACAUGUUCGGACAACAUUAAGCAUGGGCGAAGGCGCAAUUAUAGCUGCCCGUACCGGAAUCACAACGGUCACAGACUUCCGCAUAAGUGAAGUAGCUGUUGGGCGACAAGGCGCACCACUCGUCGCGUUUUUUGAUGCCCUACUCCUCCAUCAUCCGACGAAACUUCGAGCAUGCCAAAACAUCGGUGGUAUCGCCAAUGUGUGUUUCAUCCCACCAGACUGCGAUGGAGGUGUCGACCGAUGCUACGAUUUCGACACAGGUCCGGGAAACGUGUACAUUGAUGCUGCGGUUCGUCACUACACCAAUGGUGAGCGCGAGUACGAUAAGGAUGGGGAAAUGGGGAAACGCGGCAUAGUCGAUCAAGAAGUCGUUGAUGAGUUUCUAUCCAACCAUGAAUACUUUGCAAGAGCUAUCCCAAAGACAACAGGACGGGAAGACUUUCGAGAUACCGUUGCAUUUGAGCUGAUUGCCAAAGCGGAGAAGAAAGGACGGUCGCCAGAAGAUGUGGUUGCAACAAUAACACGGAUCACGGCCCAGUCCAUCGUCGACCAUUUCAAGAGAUUUGCGCCUUCACAACACAUUGACGAGCUGUUUUUAUGCGGUGGUGGGUCAUGGAAUCCAAAUAUUGUGGACUUUAUUCAGGCGAACUAUCCUAAAACCCGCAUCUUCAUGAUGGACGAUGCUGGGAUCCCCGCUAAUGCAAAAGAGGCCGUCACAUUUGCAUGGCAGGGAAUGGAGGCGGUCAUUGGGCGCCCGAUCCUUGUGCCUGAUCGUGUAGAAACUGACAAGGAGCAAAUCCUUGGCAAAACGUCACCAGGAAACAAUUUUAGGGAUCUCAUGCAUAGGACGAUGAGUUUUGGGGAACCUGGGGAGAAGCUACGGCCAGUGAAAACAUUGCUUAACGUUAUUGAUGGGCGACUGUUUAAUAAUAAAUGGUGA